AUGGAUGAAACCGUUGAUACCCUGGAGAGCGCCUUGGCUUCGAGGUACACCUCCUCAACGGACUACGCAAAAGAUGCUGCCGGAAUGAAGGUUCCCUACCGGGACCAGGACGUGCAAGAGAUUGCCAAUCUGGUUCGCGGCCUCAAUGACUGUUGCCAACAGGGGCGAAAGAGAGGGGGAUUCAGCGUCAAGAAGACCAGGUACGCCGUUGCUGGGUCGCCGACUGGAGCUCAGGUCGAGUCGUGGCGCUUUCAGGAUUGGGACUACAAGAGGCGCGAUCUCCCCACUUACGCCCGCGGUCUGUUUACCACUAAAACACAAAACGGCACACCUGAGAUUGCGGUCCGCGGCUAUGACAAGUUCUUCAACGUGGGCGAAGUCCGAGAAACAGAUUGGGAGAACAUCAUGACGAGGACCAUGGGUCCCUAUGAACUUACGCUGAAGGAGAACGGCUGCAUCAUCUUCAUCAGCGGCCUUGAGGACGGCACGCUGCUCGUCUGCAGCAAACAUUCGACUGGAGACCGCGGAGAUGCCGAACUCAGUCAUGCCAGUGCCGGGGAAAGGCACUUGGAGAGGCAGCUGGAGCGUCUCGGAAAGACAAAGGAAGACCUUGCUCGUGAGCUGAGGAAGCGGAACGCGACCGCUGUCGCUGAGCUCUGCGACGAUGAGUUCGAGGAACAUAUUCUGGCUUACGGCCCCGACAAAGCCGGCCUGUACUUGCACGGCAUCAACAUCAACGUUCCCGAGUUUAUGACCUAUCCAUCCCCACUCGUGCAGAAAUUUGCCGAAGAUUGGGGCUUCAUCAAGACUGGACUCAUCGUGAUCCACGACGUCAAACACGUCAAAGCCUUCCUAGAAGAGGUCGCCGAGACUGGCGCUCACGAUGGCCGCGACGUCGAGGGUUUUGUUAUCCGCUGCAAGAUGACGCACGAUCCGAAUGUGAAACCGUGGCAAGACUGGUUCUUCAAGUACAAGUUUGAGGAGCCAUAUUUGAUGUAUCGUCAAUGGCGAGAAUGCACCAAGGCGCUGAUCGCCGGCAGGCAACCCAAGAUCAAGAAACAUGUCAAGAUUACCGAGGAGUACCUUCUCUACGCCCGCCAACGCCUCGCUGCGGACCGGAAUCUGGCCAAGCUAUACAACCAGAAUCACGGGAUCAUCCAACUGCGCAAUGACUUCCUCCAGCACAAGAACAUGAAGGGUGCUGAUGCCGCCACUCUUGAAGACCGCGAUGGCGGCGCAGAGAUAACUCGUGAUAUUAUACUCGUCCCGAUUGCUACUAUCGGAUGCGGCAAGACCACGAUUGGUCUCGCCCUUACGAACUUAUUUGGUUGGGGGCACGUUCAGAACGACAACAUCACCGGUAAACAGCGUCCUCCACGCUUCACCAAGGCCGUUCUCGACCAACUGGAUGAACUCCCUGCUGUGUUCGCCGACCGAAACAAUGCCCAAAGACGCGAACGUAAACAACUGAUUACGGAUGUCAAACUCCAACAUACGAAUGCCAGACUUGUCGCGCUCCACUUCGUCCACAACGAUAUCGACACCAUUCGUCGAGUUACCCAAGACCGAGUGCUUGCAAGAGGCGACAAUCACCAGACAAUCCAGGCAGCCACAGACAUGGACGGUGUCGUGAAGAUUAUGGAAGGAUUCAUCCAUCGCUUUGAGCCCUGCGACCCCGAAAGGGAGCCCGAUAUCGGUUUCGACGCUGUGAUUGACCUGGACCCCGCCAGGGGAAGCAGGGAGAACCUAGAAAUCGUCAUCAAAGAGCUGCAUCGCCUGUACCCCAAGUUCAUGACUAGCAUUCCCUCCGCCGAAGCUAUGGACAGAGCGAUCAACGUAGCGCUGGAAGGCUACAAGCCAGAUUUGCGGCAUACCAUCCCUGACCGCUCGCGGGAUAAGAAAAACACCAACAAGCAGGAUCAAAAGGCUGCCGACCAGCCCAAAAAGAAGAAGCCGCUCGAGUACAUGUCGGUCGAUGUACCCGCCCAAGACGUCCUCGCAGCACUCGAGAAGACUUUCUCCCCCGCCCCUCCUGCGCAGUCCCGUUUCUUCAAACAGCUCCAGGGCACCCGCCGUGUCCAACCCAAGUUCCAUGUCACACUGAUGCACCGCGCCGCCUCCAAAGACUACCCAGAGCUCUGGCAGCGGUACUUGUAUCUCCAAGACACGGACGGCGCGAUCCACCCUGACGGGAAGCUGGGAGAUCUGGAAGUGCAGCUUGAGCGGGUGGUGUUUGACGACCGCAUUAUGGCAAUCGUAGUGCGCCUCGUGCCUACGUCACCCGAGGAUGAAAACAUCAAUGCCGACAGGCCUGACCAACCGGCUCAGCCAAAAUGGGAAUGUGUCAACCGAGUGGCGCACAUUACAGUGGGGACCCGCGACGACUCGGUGAAGCCCAAAGAAAGCAAUGAUUUGCUUGCUCGGUGGCUAGAGAAUGGGAGCGGCGAGGGCACGGGGAUCGGCGAGUUGCCGAUUGAGGGCAAGCCGCUGUUGAAGGGUGUUGUCAGGGGCGUGCUUUCAAGAUAG